AUGAAUCAUGAACGUGACCGCCAUUCGCAACGCUCCGCCUCCCUGUUUCAAAUCCUACUCCGACACAUCACUUCCUCCGACUUCUCCGUCGUCGCCCACCCUGCACUUACCGGGACACCAAUGGCUACCUUUCGUCUGACGAUCGAGGAUGGUCAAUUCCGCGACCCCCACGGUCGUCAGGUCGUCCUCCGGGGGAUCAACGUUGCCGGGAACGCCAAACUCCCGAGCCAGCCCGACCUGCCGUCACACGUCGGCAACGACUUUUUCGACGGCGAUAACGUCUCCUUCACCCAGCGGCCAUUUUCCAAGCAGGAUGCGCCCACCCAUUUUGCCAGGAUCAAACGAUACGGCUUCAACACCAUUCGCUACGUCUUCACCUGGGAGGCCAUCGAGGCGGCCGGGCCGGGCAUAUACGACGAGGACUUCAUCCAGCACACCAUCGAGAUUCUGAGAAUAGCAAAGUCGUAUGGCUUCUACGUCUUCAUGGACCCUCACCAAGAUGUGUGGUCUCGCUUCACCGGCGGAUCCGGGGCACCCAUGUGGACCGUAUACGCCUGUGGCUUGAAUCCGCAGAGCUUCGCUGCCACCGAAGCGGCCAUCGUGCACAACACCUACGCCGAGCCCGACCAUUUCCCCAAGAUGAUAUGGUCCACCAACUAUUUUCGCCUCGCCGCCGGAACCAUCUUCACGCUCUUCUUUGCCGGCAAGGACUUUGCUCCCAAGUGCGUCAUUGACGGCGUCAACAUUCAGGACUAUUUGCAGACGCACUUCAUCGAUGCUUGCGCCCAUCUCGCGAAGCGGAUAAAGGAGGCCGGGGACCUUGAAAACGAAGUCGUCAUUGGCUGGGAGAGCAUGAACGAGCCGAAUCGAGGCAUGACCGGCUACGUCGACCUCGCCGUCAUUCCCAAGGACCAUCCGCUGAAGAAGGGGACCUGCCCAACCAUGUGGCAGACUUUCCUGACCGGCAUGGGGAGAGCGUGCGAGGUUGACACGUGGGAUAUGGGAGGCCUCGGUGCUUACAAGACCGGCUCGACUCUCGUCGACCCCCACGGCGAAAUCGCCUGGUUGCCGGCGGGCUACGACGAUUCGAAAUACGGCUGGAGACGAGACCCAGGUUGGAAGUUGGGAGAGUGCAUCUGGGCUCAGCACGGCGUGUGGGAUCCGGCGACGGACACCCUCGUCAACAAGAACUACUUUGAAAAGAAUCCAAGGACGGGAAAGGCGAUUGACUAUCCCGAAUUCACCAACACGUACUUUAUGGACUUUUGGAGAGGAUACAAGCGAUCCUGCCGCAUUCAUCACGAAGAUUGCAUCAUGCUGAUGCAGUAUCCAACCCUGGAGCUGCCACCCGAGAUAAGGGGGACCGAGGACGACGACCCGCUCAUGGCCUUUACGCCACACUUUUACGACGGCAUCACCCUCAUGACGAAGCACUGGAACAGCACGUGGAAUGUGGAUGUCGUCGGUGUGCUUCGGGGCAGGUACUACCACCCAGCUUUGGCCAUCAAGAUCGGCGAGACGGCCAUCCGCAACUGCCUCAAGAAUCAGCUGGCGGCACUGCGUCAAGAGGGCAUCGAACGGACGGGGAAGCACCCAUGCAUUUUGACCGAGUUUGGUAUCCCGUACGACAUGGAUGACAAGAAGGCGUACAAGACGGGGGACUACUCGAGCCAGUCGGCGGCUCUCGACGCCAACUAUUUUGGCGUCGAAGGAUCGCAGAUUGAAGGCCACUGCUUGUGGCUGUACAACACGAACAACGACCACGAGAGGGGCGAUCAGUGGAACGGCGAAGACUUGUCCGUUUAUUCCCUCGACGACAGAGUGCCGCCCUUGUCUCCGCUGCCCAGGAGCUCGCUUCCCAGCCAGUCGGCGACGAGCCUCGUCAAGUUCCCCACCGAGAUUCGAGAUGCCGGGGAUGACGAGAGCGUGAUGCCGGGAAACCUGCAGAAAAUACUCACGAACCCGACCAUCAGCUCCAGCCUGUCGUCCAAGAACGCAGAAGUCACCAUCGCGCCCGGCUACCGAGCGGCGGAAGCAUUCAUCCGACCGACGGCGACGGUUGUUGCGGGAGACAUGGUCGCCAGCGGCUUUGACUUGCGGCAAUGUUCCUACAGCCUGCAAGUAGCAGCCCCGACGGCGGCCAAGGAUGACGCGCCCACCGUAGUCUUCCUACCCGAGUUCCACUUCCCCAGGGAUCAAUGCGAAGUUACGGUGUCCUCUGGCAAGUGGGAGUUGGGCUUGGACGACGACGAGGGCCCGCUUCUGCAAAAGCUGCGGUGGUGGCACUCGGAGGGGGAACAGAGCCUCAGGGUCCGUGGCUUGGUCCGGAGUCACAACGUUCUGGAAGGCUCCGCGGAGGAAGCUGGCUACCUCGAGCAGUGCCGUCAGGAGUAUGGGUUGUCACGAGGCUGCGUUGCCAUGUAG